CUAAACGGCUUUAAUUACUCGUGUUGAUGAAUCUGGGGAAGACUGCUGGCUUUGUUUCUUGCCUGAGCCCUGAGUUGGAUGGCUGAGUUUCCAGGGUUACUCUGUACUGAGGUGAAAAACAAGCAGCACAAAAAGAGCAAGAAGGACAACUACACUGGUGUAACUGAUUUGCCAUUCAUUACCUCUGAUUGAUCUGAAUCGACCACUGAGGGAUGGGAGUCUCUAAAAGAGAGUCCAUCACUGAUAAAGCAGCAGAUGAAGGGGCGGAGAAGACAGCAAAAGAUGAUGCAAUACACCUGAGGAGGAGGAUUGGUCUGCUGCCUGCCAUUUCCUUCAUCAUUGGCACUGUGGUGGGCAGUGGAAUCUUCAUCGCCCCCAAAGGCGUGUUGAUGAACUCUGGAAGUGUGGGACUCUCUCUGGUGGUAUGGGCUCUGUGUGGCGUCCUUUCCACAUUUGGUGCUCUGUGCUAUGCUGAGCUGGGAACAAGCUUUACAAAGUCAGGGGGUCAUUACACCUACCUGCUGGAGACCCUGGGGCCCCUACCUGCCUUUCUGCGACUUUGGACUGAAUUCAUAUUCAUCAGACCUGCAGUGGCCUCUUAUGUGUCUCUGGCGUUUGGCCGUUAUGUCGUGGAGCCGUUCUUCAUGCCGUGCUUGGCUCCACCAUCUCUUGUCAAACUGGUCAGCAUCAUGGGAGUCACAUUUGUGGUGGCAGUGAAUUGUUGGAGUGUGACAUUGGCAGCCCGUACACAGGUCUCAUUGACGUUUAUCAAGAUGUUCGCUCUUAUUCUGAUCAUUAUUCCAGGCAUCAUGGCAUUGGCCAAUGGGAAAACUGAAAAUUUCCAGAAUUCUUUUGACUUGGAAUCUUUGUCUUUAACCAAACUUCCUCUGGCCUUUUAUUCUGGCUUGUAUGCAUAUGGUGGAUGGUUUUAUUUAAAUUUCAUAACCGAAGAGGUCAUUAACCCCAACAGAACCAUCCCACUGGCCAUUAUUUUCUCCAUGGUUACCGUUACCGUGUGUUAUGUGCUGGUGAAUGUUGCUUACUACACAAUGAUGACCGCAGACGAACUACUGAUAUCAGAUGCAGUGGCAGUGACUUUUGCCGGGCGGGCUCUGCAGGGUUUAGCACCAGUGGUGCCUCUACUGGUUGCAAUGUCCUGCCUUGGGGCUCUUAAUGGAGGGUUUUUUGGUGCACCCAGAAUGUUGUUUGUAGGAGCCAGAGAGGGUCACUUGCCAGCUAUCUUUUCCAUGAUUCAUAUUCGCAGACAGACACCACUGCCAGCCAUCCUAUUUCUGUACCCACUGGUGGUCAUCAUGAUAGCAAGAGGAGAGAUCUUUCAACUCAUCAACUUUGCCUCCUUCUCACGUUGGCUCUUUAUUGCCAUGGCGACCCUGGGGAUGCUUAUCCACCGCUACAGAUUCCCAGAACAUCCCAGGCCAUUUAAGGUCCCUCUGGCUGUUGCGGUAAUCUUCACUGUGGUUUGUUUCUUCAUCGUGGGUCUGUCCUUGUAUUCUGACCCCUGGAACACAGGCGGCAGCUGUGCCCUCACAAUCUCUGGAGUACCUGUAUAUUACCUGACAAUCAAGAGAACAUAUGUAGUACCUGUAGGCUGGAGAAAAACUUUCAAUUAUUACAGCCAACAGCUGCAGAUCCUUCUGGAAGUGGCACAGCAGGAGGUCCAGACCUACUGAGGGAGUGUUCAUCAAACACUGGCAAGAACACACUGAAUUAAAGCUGUACCAUAACAUGUAACAAAGGGCAUCAGAGUUUAAAACAAUCACAAUUGCUCAUGCAUAGGCUUAGGCAUCUGAACAAACCCCAAACUCUAUGUAUAACUCAUUCUGUACCAAUUGUGCUACAGACAUAAAUUAUACCUCAAAUUGUUGAAGAAAGGUGUGCCAUUACGUUUGUAAGAAAUCAGACUUGAUUUUUGCCUACCAGACAAUUAAAAAAUCCCUUAUAUUAACACUGAAGAAGGGAGCCAGCCAUAUCUAGGGACAUAAGGGUGAGCUCUUUUGACUAGGGGCUAGAAAGCAACCACUAUAAACACCCUAGUACAAUCCCUAGCACUAUGGCAGUGUUUUACAUGGCCAAGCAAUAUACAGGGACUUGUAUAUUCCGAGAUGGUAUUCAUCUUACUACAAUUGUUCAGAGUGGUUAUCCGAGUUGCCGUAGCUUUUAUGUCAGCUCGAACCAGUCUGGCCAUUCUCCGUUGACCUCUCUCAUCAACAAGGCGUUUCAAUCCGCAGAACUGCUGCUCACUGGUUGUUUUUGGUACCAUUCUGUGUAAAUUCUAGAUACUGUUGUUUGUGAAAAUCCCAGGAGAUCAGCAGUUACAGAAAUACUCAAACCAGCCCAUCUAGCACCAACAAACAUGCCAUGCUUGAAACCACUAAGAUCACAUUUGUUCCCCAUUCUGAUGUUUGAUGGGAACAUUAGCCAAAGCUCCUGACCUGUAGCAGCAUGGUUUUAUGCAUUGCUGCCAUACGAUUGGCUGAUUAGAUAAUCACAUUAAUGAAUAGGUGUACAGGUGUUCUUGAUAAAGUGCUCAGUGAGUGUAUAUUUUCAGUUUCAGACUCAAAUUAAAAUCAAAUUAUUUUCAAUUCAAAGACGGAUUAAAUACUGUAUGUUCCUGGAAAUAUGCUGUUGAAUUCUGAGCAUUUUUGUAAUAAUUCACAAAGAAAGAGUUUUUAAUCCCUUUAUUCAGAGGAAAGAAGAAAAAUAGGAUGAGAAACCAGGUAGUAUGCUUUGCUGGAAAUGACAAUUACCCUCUGAAGUUACUGGUCAAGACUUAAAGUUCAAUAAAAUGUCAUGGAGAUAACGAUGGGUUGAGGUCCUAUUUCAAUAUGGUCAUCAGUUGAAUUAGAAAAUAUGUCACACAUCAUGUAAUUUCAAAUGCAGUUUCUGAAUGUGGAUGUCUUCUUUUGAACCAAAAGUGAACAGGUGUGCUAUUGAUAAAUGUUGCUCAUAUUAUCAGAAUAAAGCUUAAGAUUACAUGGCUUUAAAAUCUAACAGAAACCAAGUAUACUGACAAAACGUCAACUGUAUGUGAAUGUAUUAUCAUCAGUCUUUCAUUUCUAAUGCUCAUAUGAAGGCAUACCAACCACCUAAUACCACAAAUCAUAAAUCUGUGUAUUUUUUGACCCAUUGCUUUUAUACCAUGACAAAUUAUGACAAAAAUCAUUUAACGUGAAUUCACACAGCUACAUUUCGGAAGUUUGUAUUCUCCGCAUAUAUUAACUUAACUAUAUGCAUGUUACUGUAUCUUUCUAAUCACUCUAUACAUUAAUGCACACGUUGCAAUUAACCACAUCUCUCUGAAUCAUGGUCAUAUCCUAAUAAAUGUAUUUUUGUUCUUGAUGGCAAAAGUGCAUAAAUGCAGCAACAGAAAUGACUUGCUAUUCUGACAUGCUUGUAACCAUGACAACACAGUAUCAGAUAUCAACUGUUAUAAACGGCUUAAUACACUCCAGAUAAUUGACUGUGGUAGGUUCUAGAACUGUAAAAAAGUACAACAUGUAUGUGAUAAUCUGUAAUUGACAAACAACCUUUUAUUCUAAGAAUACAGAUUGUGUGCAGAAUGUUUUAUUUCUCAUCCCCACUUAAAAUCUCUUCUUAAAGAGCACACGGUUUUAAUGGGAUUUUCCAGCCCAUUGUUUUUAAAUCCAGGGUGUUCAAAAUCAUUCCAAAACAAAAUACUGUCAAAUUAUUGCAGGGUAGUGUAAAAUAAUUAAGCUGAUAAAUCUGUAUGUCCAUUUACAUAUUAAUACACACUCACUCUCACAAACUCUCAUAUUUAUACACGAUCAUCCACAACAUUAAUACCACCUGCCUAAUAUUGUUAAGGUCUCACUCGUGCCACCCAAACAGU